AUGUCCUCGAAACGGCACUCGAUCCGGCCAUGGGACAGUUUUCUCUCGUCUCUCCGCCGUCUCGCCGUUUCGUUAUCAAAGUACUGACUCACUUCUCGUUUUCUCUCCGUUCUGUUAUUAUUAUUAUUACUUUCGACACUUUCAGCCAUAGAACCAAUCGAUUUCAGAGUGAACGAAUGCCUGCGCAACUCAAUUUAUCCGCAUUCAAGUUCCCUUUGGGAUUCAUCCGAAUCAUUCAAUUUGUAAGAAAUUCGGCCGAAAAUAUCGAUUGAGUUCAGAAUUUUCUUUUCAGGUAUUCAUAAUCAUUGCGAUUGCAGCCGUUAACAGUUGGGGACUGACAGUUGAAUACAACUGCAAAACGGACAAUGCAACGGUGAUGAGCACUCAGAAAGUGUACACCUUCUCGUGAGUUCUUCCGAAUUUCUUUCUAGCUUCAAGUGGCAUUGCAGACUGUCGAAGGUGAAACUGACUGGAUGCGACAAGCAGAUGUACUCCUUCUGGCCGGGAGACGACAGUGCCGGCGGGGCUGCCGGCUUCUUCUACUUUGUCAACGUCGCCGCUCUCAUCUACGUCAUCUUCGUCGCAUUCGUUUACGUCAUCUUCUGGAAUGUCUAUCAAACUGAAAAAAGAAUUCCGCUUGUGGAUCUCGGCGCGACUGCUCUUUUCUUCAUUCUCUUCUUCUUCUGCAGCUCCAUUUGGUGGGCCGGGGCCAACACAAUUGGAACGUCGACUUCGGACGACCGACUGAAAGAGCUGUUCCAGCAGCAAUCGUGGGUCGGCCAGAAUGCCACGUUCUCCAACAGAGACGUUAACAAUGGAAAACUUGCUAUUUCUGUGGUUUGUGGAUCGUGUUGUGCCUGUCUUUCUCUGACUGUUCCGUUUCUUUUCAGCUGGCCGAUUGGGUGUGCGUCAUCUGCUUCGCUUUCAAUUGCUGGUUCAUCUGGAAGGAAAUCGUACCCCGUGACUCAUCGAACCCGACCGAUAUUGCGUAA